UUCAACUCCUUCAAGUCUAAUCAAACCCAACUCCUACUUUUUCACAUAGGUAGCGGGUUGUGGUCAUCUUGUUCAUCAUAGAAAUUAGAACAUGGAAGCAAAAUCCUCUGUUUUGCUUGUACUGUCACUCUGCUCAGUGCUCUUUACUUUUGGCGGCCUUGCUAGCCAAGCCAGUCACAAUGGCAAAUGGAAGCUGCUGAAGAAGAGCAUUGGAAUCUCAGCAAUGCACAUGGCAUUGUUACCGAACGACAAAGUCAUCGUCUUCGACAGAACGGACGCCGGUCCUUCCAACCUCACUCUUCCACAAAAAAGAUGCGGCAAAGAUGAAAUCUGUUACGCUCACUCGGUAGAAUUCAACCCUGGAAACCGGAACUUCCGACCGCUCACUAUCUCCACCGACACUUGGUGCUCCUCCGGUGCAUUGUCCAGGAACGGCGAGCUCAUUCAAACCGGCGGCUAUGGUCUCGGAGAAAGAGUCGUAAGGCACUUUAAGCCCUGUGUCAAUUGCGACUGGAAAGAAGACCAGAACGGCCUCAAUGUACCAAGAUGGUACGCUUCUAACCAAGUGUUGCCCGAUGGCAGAGUCGUGAUUGUUGGCGGGAGGUUUCAGUUCAAUUACGAGUUCGUCCCCAAAAGCAAGAUAUAUAGUCUGCCAUUUCUUGAAGAAACAAGGUACUCGGCUUUCGUACCCAACAAUCUCUACCCUUUUGUGCACUUAGCUCCCAAUGGGAAUCUCUUCAUUUUCGCAAACGAUAGGGCAAUCUUGCUUGAUUAUGUGAACAAUGUUGUUGUGAAGAGGUUUCCGGUACUUCCUGGUGGGGUUUCUAGAAACUACCCCAGCACCGGGUCAUCUGCUUUGCUUCCGAUUAGUCUUGUGGGGCAAAAGAGUAGUGGUACUAAUUUUCCGGCGGAAGCAGAGGUUUUGGUCUGCGGUGGUACAGUGGCUGAUGCCAAUGUCAAAACCGACGCAGGAGUGUUUGUUCCCGCAUCGAAAACCUGUGGCCGCUUAAUAAUCACUUCGAAACACCCCAGAUGGGAAGUUGAGGAAAUGCCGAUAAACAGAGUAAUGGGGGACAUGAUUAUGCUGCCGACAGGAGAUGUCCUCAUCAUAAAUGGCGCGGCAAAAGGAACAGCCGGUUGGGGAGUUGCUAGAGAACCAGUCUUAAACCCGGUUCUCUACAAACCAUGGAAUAAAAAACCAUCCCGGUUCGAGGUCCUCACUCCUACAACUAUACCUCGCCUCUAUCAUUCAACAGCGCAUCUGUUAUCCGACGGUCGUGUUCUGGUCGGCGGCAGCAACCCCAACGCGAACUACAACUUCACUGCUCUCUACCCAACCGAGCUGAGUCUCGAAGCUUUCUCUCCGCCGUACUUGAAUCCUUUGUCGAAGUCCAGGCCGGUGAUAAGCUCCGUGAAGCCGGGGUUGGAGUUGCGUUAUGUCCAGAAAUUUUACGUGGGGUUUAGGUUGAAUUACGAAACGGACAAGAUCUAUGUGACGAUGGUGGCUCCGUCGUUUACUACACAUUCGUUUGCUAUGAACCAGAGGUUGUUGGUUUUGGACAUGGGCCACGUGCGCAAGAGUAAGAAACCUGCAGGUUCUAAAUAUAAUCAUUACUACACUGUUGAGAGCUAUGCACCUGCGAGGCCCGAAUUGGCACCACCUGGGUACUAUUUGUUGUUUGUAGUGUGUGAUGGUGUACCCAGUAGAGGAAUGUGGGUUCGGAUCUAGUAGUAGUGGUAGCAGCAAUAGUUCAUGUAAGAUUGAAUCAGUCCGUAGAAGUCUGUUAGCUCAAGCUUAAGAGCCAGGCUCAUAUUCGAUCUAUAUAUCUAGCUAGUAUUGUCAUGCAAUAGUUGAUGUUCCAUAUUGAAAAAUGAAAUGUAAUGGACUUGCAAUGAGAUGGUUCUUCAGAACCGAGGUAUAUGAAUGAUUGGACUUCUGUUU